AUGGUCAAUUUACUUAAACGAAUGCGCAAGCUUAACCAGCGCCUUAUCAACGUCCGAAUCGGCACAGGCGCAGCAACACUCCCAUCCCUCAGCUCCCCCCUCAACAAUCUCCCCGCUGUAACACGCAUGCACCUGACAUACGGCAAAAUCGUCGGAAAGGGACACAUCGGCGCACAAAAAUUCUGGCGCCAAUGCCUCUCGCGACUCAAAUAUCACAACCCAGCCAUCCAGAUGAGCGUAAACCCCUACGAAGGCGAAGAAAAACAAGCACCGGCACUCACAAUAUUCUUUUCGGGCACUCAACCGACAAAGGCACAAGCGUAUCAUGAUGCAUCUAUCAAAGACGAGUUCGCACCUAAACCCACUGAGACAGAGAAAGCGGUUGUCCUGAAUUUGAAAGAUUAUAACUUUGAAGAGAUCUGGCAACAGGUCAAGGAAUUGACUGGUGCUGUUGAAGUGGAAGCCACGGCGGAGGAUAAAGAGGCAAUCGAAAAGUUUAGACAGAUGACUGUCAAGUCGGAAGCGGACAGGAUACGAGUUGCUGGUAUACGUCAGGCGAAGAAGGACCAGGAGCGGAUGUUGCAGGAAGCUAGAGGCGAGGUGGAGAAGCUUCGAGAGUUAUAG